CUAGUCAAAAGUGAGUAGCAACAACCAAUAAAUAAUAAUCAGUCACAUCAACCUGGAAAUUCCAACAUUUAAUUUUGGUCCGAGGUUGGAGAAAUUAAAUGUUAUAUUCCCCUCGAAAGAACAUGUAGGUGAACAUAAAGUUUUAUUUUUUCUAGUUUCUUGGAUCUUAGCCAAUCAGAAAGCUUGGAUUUAUUCAAUCAUAAAAUAAAAGCUACUGUAGACCUUAUAACCAACUGAGCAAAUCAAAACAAAAUAAAAAGAAAAUAUCAUAUUGCAGUAUUGCACCAUUUUCGCUAGUCUUGAAUUUGUUGCGGCAAUUCAUUUUAUCGUGCUCAAGGAUGAAUUAAGUUCAUUGAUUUGUACCACACAAAUUAAAAUUAAAAACAAAAUAAAACAUUUGAAUACCACAAAAGUCUACAGUGUAGCCAACUGAAAUAGUAAUCUAACACAAAAAUGGUCAAACACUUCACUGAACAUAAUAAUAGUUUAUUGAAAUUUUGUUUAAUUUGAUUUAUUCUUCUACUUAACAGCUCCAUGAUAAUCAAUAUUUAUUGUUUUCCAAUAAAUUCAACCCAUUAAGAUUUUUCACAGAGUAAAAGUUAACCAAACAGUUAUAAAUGACUGAAUUUAGAAUUGCAAUGUUGACCGUGGAGAUAACCUUUUCUCAUGAGUAACCCUUGGAGUCAUACUAUUCAUUUUCGUAAUUCAAUGCAAAGUCAUGUUUUAUAAAAUUACAUUCAUUGCCUUUUCUAGGAUCCUCGAGUAAAGGUUAAAAGUUCAACACACUAAAAUAAAAUUGAAAAAUGAAUUCCCUUAUAUUGCACAACAAUUGUUUUGUAAUAUACUAUCAAUUUAAUGAUUAGAGUACUGAAAUUUAAUGUUUGUAUGAUUUACACUGCUGCUGCCGACUGCUAUUGGAAACUGAAAUGACUUAAAAGCCUGGAUAUUGAAGACAAACAGAAAUAAAUCAGAACAUAUCUGCCCUAUUUGCAGUGGACUUGGGAAUCUAAUCUUUACCAAUAUUCUAGGACCAACAGUGCAUUAGACACUUUCGUAGGAGUUGACAGGAACUGCAAGCCACACUUCUCACUUUCAAAAUUAAUAAAGGGCUUGGAGUGAUGCUGUUUUAAAAUUAAAUUCUGUGAAGAACCUGAAAAUUGCUGAUAAAACCAAAGAACAAAAUGGAUUUAUUGUCUUGGAAAAUGUGGAUUUUCAUAAUAUAGUUAAUUAUGUACUCAGUAAGAAAUGAUUUCCUGGACUAGUUAUUCUGAAGACAAGUUUUGCAGCCUUGAUUCUAUUUCUUGGACACACCAUCUCCCCAGCCAUUAUGGAUGAAAUGAAGAACAACACUGAAUCUUUCUUUGACAACUGGACAGGAAAUGCUAAUGAAACCAAACAUUCCUUUUCAAGUAACCUGAAAUCUGAGCCUCUCUACGUUUUAGCAACAGAUUUAAUACGGUAUUGCCUCCCUAUCAUCAUAUUUGUUGGAACCUUUGGGAAUGUCUUGAGUUUUCUGAUUAUGGUACAGAGGGAGAUGAGACAGACGUCCACCUUCUUCUACCUUGCCACGUUGGCUGUUGCAGAUACUGUCGUUUUGUACUUGAGUGCCUUCAAGACCUGGAUCACUGUGCUCACGGGGUUUGAACUGCUACAUCAGAAUCCUGCUUCUUGCAAGAUCCUGAUUUUUCUUACCCAGUUUUGUGUCCACUUCUCUGCCUGGCUGAUCGUGGCUGUGACUGUGGAACGCUUUCUUGCUGUGUGGUUUCCCCUAAGAGCCACAACAAUGUGCAGUUUGGCCCGCGCAAAGUUUGUGACAGUCGUAAUCGCCAUGGUUUUCUUUUUAAUUAACAGCCAUGUUUUCUGGACAGCAGAACUCCGUACUUUCCGGAAUGGUCAGGUAAAAUGCAUGCCGUAUGCGUAUGAGAACGUUGCUUGUAAAGUAUUUCCCUGGAUUUACCUCGUUCUAUAUUCCUUCCUACCUGUUUUAGUAUUGCUUUUAUUCAACACUCUGAUCAUUGUAAGCCUUAUCAAGAACAAACCUUUGUUUCAAGCCAUGACCAAAACUGACCAACAAAUGCGGUAUGAUCAUCAGAAACUUGCCGUCUGCUUAUUAGUAAUUUCAUUCACUUGGAUCAUUACAACCAUGCCUAGACCAAUUUACCCACUCUUUAUGAAGAAACCAAAAACCAUUGAAGAACAAGCUGGAACAGUACUUGUGCGAACACUGUGCUUCAUUUUAAUGUAUGUCAACCAUGCUGUGAAUUUUUUCAUCUAUGGACUGACGGGGCAGAGAUUUAGGAUGGAGCUGAGGCGUUUCUUGUGUCGCGUUCACCUGCGGAAACAGCAGCCCAAGCCAAGACUAACAUUUAAAUCAAGUGGGAGUGGUUCUGGUCAGGAGAGUUCAUUUCCUCUUGUGAGCACACCUCAGACAGAGAUGGCUACCUUUGCUUGAGAAACAUUAGUUGUGUACCAGUGUUUAUUGUGUAAUAUCUAUUUAGUGAAUGUGCAAAAAUGCAAUGUACGUAUACAAUUUUGUUUUAUCCUUUCAGACUGAAAUAUUUAAUUACAUGAUAUCAGAUGAUCUGACAAUUCAUAAAGUUUAUAGUGAAUUUCUGCACAAACGUUUUAAAUGUGUGUCAGAUACAACUUUCCAGCAUCGCUUCACUAACAGGACAAUUCUUAAAUAUGCUUUCUGUGUCUGUGUAACAAAUUAUUGGUGAGGAUCCAUGCGAGCAUGAAGAAAUUGGCCAAUGUAUUCAAUAAAGUGAUCUGUAUCUUAUCAGUUGGUAAUUUUUGCUGCAUAAAUAGGGUUUAUUUUGUUGUGAGCAUGCAUAUUUGUGACAUCAUCUAAUAAAGCACUUCUAAAAUCAUCAAA